AUGGUAUUUAUAAAUUAUAAUUUUUAGGAUGUUUACGAUUGGGAUUGGGUAGGGUCAUUAUUAUUCUAUAGUUUUUGGAAAGUGUGUAGAAAUAAAUGGAUGGAAAGUUAAGCAACUUCUAUAGUAGAUCAUUCUUGGUCUUGAGAAGAUGA